UUUGGGCGUGGGAAUAGCCUUGUGAGAGAGAUCGUCGUUGACGGGGUUGGGAGUCGGAGCUUACAAAUCAGGCCCGGCGGGCUUGACUAAAUUAUCCGGUGAAUUAUGUUGGGUUUCCGGUGAUGAGAGAUGGGAUUAGAGUCGUGUGUGUAGCUGAUUUGUCUGUAGUUAAUAUUAUUAGAUAUGGAUAGGAAUAGGGAUGCGAGAAGAUCAGCUAUGGCGGCCCCUAAUGGCCUGUCACGGCGGAGACACCGAAGUAGCAGCCUCAGAGACUCCCCAGAGGACGAUGGUCCGGUGGAGACAUCGAGGCUCAGAGAUCGGAAGAAGGACCGAGAUCGAGAUCGGGAUCGAGAGAAGGACCGAGAUCGCGAUAGGGAUCGGUUGAGCCGGAGCAAGAGGCGGAGAGGCGAGAGGUUAAUGCACGGAAGCAAUAGAGAAGAUAGCCGCGAUGAUAGUUCGGAGGAGAGUGUGAACGACGAAGAUGAGGACGAAGACGAAGACGGAGGUGGAAGUGGAGUCGGCGGCGGUGGGUCGUCGAUUCGGAUGCUUCCGCCGAACCACCCGUCGACAACGGCAUCUCUGUCAUCGUCUAUGAUAAAUCACCGGAAGAGUUUCUCGCCGGUUCAUAAUCUUAAUAGCAACAAGCAUUUCAGACCGCUCACUGCGUUGAAGGUCACCGACGAGAUGAUUGGCGUUUCGGUGCCCCGAAAAGCACGGUCAGCGUCGACGAAGAGGUCCAACGAAUGGCCUUCCAGUUGCGGUGUUGUCGGAGACCAAAUUCACCGCCAGGCUUCGACGUCCCCUGUUCGGCCGAGCGUGUCAUCGUCGACGCCGGCUCCGACUUCACCUUCUUCUUCCCACGCCUCGGCGGUCCGGAAGAGGCUGAAGCCAAACGGACCCAAACUUCGGCCGCCGAAGUCCUUGUCGACCAAGACGGCGUCGUCUAAUCAGGACGAGAUAGAAAUAGAGGUCGCGGAGGUGUUGUACGGGAUGAAAAGGCAGCCGCAAGGGCCGACGAAGCAAGAAAUUACAGCCACCGAUUCGAUUAAAUUCGAAUCCAGAGAAACCAACAACAAAUUUACCAGCGACGCGAAAUCCAGAGUUUCGUCGCCGAUCUCGAACUCGCCUUGUGUGGUACCUCAGCUGACGUCGCCUUUCCCUCAGAAUUCUUGCUCCUCCGUCACUUCCAUGUCCGCCGCCGCACCCAAGAGGAAAAGACCACGACCCGUGAAGUAUGAAGACGAGAACCCAGCAAUUUUUGCAGUUCAAAACAGUCCCAUUUCGUCUACGGCCAAAAUGGUGGCCGAUCAGCCUUCAAAGGUUGAGACUUCCUCUCCAAAGUUGGAGAAAAACCCAGGAUCUGCAGCUGAAAACGGUGGCUUUGCGUACGAUUUGCCCAACUCGCAAGUUGUUCCAGCUGCUCCGGCAUCAAUGGAGGCUCAGCCGGAGGCAAUUAAGCCGGAGAGCAACGUCGUGUCAAAUUCAAGGCCAGCGAACGACGAAUCGGAGAGUAGAAAUGUUAGAACGAGCAAAGUGGAACUUCAAUCUCCCAAGAAGGAAUCCACUGGCCUCAGAUUGGAUGAUAAACGUGAAGAAAUCACCCUGACCAAACCGAGUUCAACAAUCCCAGAAGUUGAAAACCACCGGGAAGAAAAGUUCCAGAUAGACCUGAUGGCUCCUCCAGAAAGGGAUGGUGAAGUUGAUUUUAUCUCCGUAGAUCCUAAGCCUGCGGUCGUAGAUGCAGAAACGGACUUAAAAGCUGUGAGCAGAGAGGAUGACAGCAAAGCUCUGAAAAUUGGCAACAAGGAAGAAGUACAGCCUUUAAAUUUGGAAACUGAGAAGUCAAAAGCAGUUUUGGAAGAAGCAGAAGCAGGUGAUUUGAAAAAGCAGACUUCUUCCUUUGUUGGUGGGAAAGAAAGGAAUUUUGAUCUGCAGCUUGAUUUGGAGAAGACUGAGAGUUUUAGUGGAAACAAGCUGCCCUAUAAUGUUGCAAAGCAAAACACUGAGAAAACUGUGCAAUCGGGUUCUGUACCUUUGCCGAUGUCCGUGGCGGGCUGGCCGAGCGGGCUCCCUCCGAUGGGCAGAUAUAUGGCGCCCUUACCAGGAGUUGUAUCCAUGGACGGGAGCACCGUUUCUUCAGCUCCGAUACAACCGCCGCAUUUGCUUUUUAGUCAACCUCGGCCAAAGAGGUGCACAACCCAUUGCUACAUUGCAAGGAAUAUAUACUGUCACCAGCAAAUCUCGAGGAUGAAUCCUUUCUGGCCGGUAGCAGCUGGUUCGGGAUCUCUGUAUGGAGGAGCCAAGCAUAGCAAUCCCAAUGUAUUACCUCCAGAAUUGCUUGGCAAUGUUCCAGGGAGAGGGGUGAAUCCUGCACAGGACAAGGGGCAGGGGAUUGCUAUGUUUCCUGCUCAAUCUGCGAAGGAAAAAACUUCACAAGCAGCAAACCUUGUGGAUGCGCAGAGAAAGCAAAUCGUGCUCCAGCAAGCUCUGCCUCCCGGGCCACCUACUAAUAUAUUGCAUGGUCCUGCUUUCAUUUUCCCAUUGAGCCAGCAACAGGCCGCUCCCGCUUCUUCUGUCCGACCUGGUUCUGUGAAGUCUUCUAAUGCUGGUGGUGCAGCUUCAUCCAGUGCAUCUAACUCUGCUUCAUUGAGUGCGUCAGCUGCAACCGCUGCUGCAGCACCAGCAUUGAGUUUCAACUACCCAAAUAUGGCUGGAAAUGAACCCCAGUAUUUGGCGAUUUUGCAGAACAAUGCAUAUCCAUUUCCAAUGCCACCUCAUGUAGGUGCACAGCCGGCAUACAGAGGACCCCAUGCUCAGGCGAUGCCUUAUUUUAACGGGUCUUUCUAUCCUUCUCAAAUGCUCCAUCCUUCUCAACUACAACAGCAGCAGCAGCAACCCCCACCGCCUUCUCAAUCACAGCAAAGUCAACAAGGUCAUCCAAACACUACUAUUUCAAGUGGUUCUUCGUCGUCCCAGAAGCAUUUGCAAAAUCAGCAGCAAAGGCCACAUCAAAGUGUUGUCAAUGGUGGCAGUGGAAGCUUGCAAGGCUUUCCUGCCUCAAAAAACCAUCCUUCGCAAGCAAUACAGCUGCAGCAGCAGCAGAACCUGCAUGUUUCGCGCCAACUUGAGCCUGAAAUGGGUGGCGAAGACAGCCCGUCAACUGCCGAUAGUCGUGUCUCUCGUGCAAACAUGAGUAUUUAUGGUCAGAAUUUUGCAAUGCCAAUGCAUCCGCCAAACUUUGCUUUGAUGACACCUCCUUCGGUUGGAAGUGCCAGUGGUGCAACAGGUGCUAGUGGUAGUGAAAAGAAGCAGCAGCAACAGCAACAGGGCUCAAAGGCUGGGGUUGAAGCAUCCCAAGCUUUCGCCAUGUCUUUUGCUUCCUUAAAUGGUGCCACCGUUUCUCCUGGAAUUGACAUAACAUCGAUGAAUCAUACAAUUCUCCAGAGCUUACCAGAUGUUACUAGGCACAGCUAUCAUCAGUAUAUGGCUGUUGCUGCGGCUGCCCAAGCUGCACAACAGAAAAGGAAUUAUCGAGGUCUGGAAGAAGGGAAAACCGGAGGAGGGGAUUCCUCUAAUGUGGAAGAGGAAAGAAAGGCCAUGGCUGGGAAAGCUUCAUCAAAUGUUGGGCACUCUAUUGCUUUCUCCAGGGCAGAUUUGACCGACACAUCUGGUUCUACAAUACCGGGCAACAAUGUGAUUGAUAGUUCAGCAAGAGCAGUUAACCUCAGCUCCACUCCUGUCCGAUCAUCCAGUUCUGCUAUGCCAGCUGCUGUCAGCCCUGCAAAUGCACCCACACCCCAGCAACAAAUGCAGCAACAAAUGCAGCAACAGAUGCGGAAUCACCAGCAACAGCAGCCGCAGCAGAUGUAUCAGCUUCAGAAGCAGCAGUUUUCUUCUGUGGCUCCAGCUCGUAACAAAACACCAACAACGAGUAAUGGCAGUGUGUACUCUGAUCACCUCCCUUCAACCUCUUCUAUGGCUGCAAAGUUUCCUAAUGCUCUAUCAUCAUUCCCCCAAAACCUUGUCCAAAGCAGCACCAGUCCAGCUCAAUCUCCUCAGUGGAAGAAUUCUGCAAGGAUAACCACUUCCCAAGUUCCUUCAUCUUCUCUUGCGUCGUCAACCUCUUCGUCCCUCAAAAACCUCCCUCAAAAGCAUGGGCGGACACAGCAAAGCCACACACAGAUUUCUUUUGCUGCAAACACCAAGGCUUCAAUCCAAUCUCAAGGGUUGCAGCCUGCCAGUAGCAAUCAGUCUCCAUCUCCUCCUGUAAUGGUUGGUUCGCCCACAACCACAACGUCAUCAAUGUCUAGAAGUGCUGGUGGAAGCCCCAGGACAACUACUUCGACUUCCACAGGAAAUAAAGCUGGCCAAAUAUCUUCUUUUUCAUCUCAGCAGGCCAAGAACUCACCAUCAGUGCCCAGUCAGAAGUCGUCUCCUGUUGGCGGGAGGAAUGUCCCUUCGAUCCUAGGCAACACCCAUAUUACCUCUUCGAGCGCUGGUACUAAGCCACAAUUGCAGCAACAGCAUCAGCAACAUCAGCAACAACAGUUAUAUAAGCAAUCGAUUCAACAAGUGCAGUUCAUCUCUAAUGCCUACAUGCAGCCUCAAGCUUCACAUUCCAAUAGUAACACCUCUACUCAAUCUCCUUCAAGCGGGUAUUAUCAUGCUUCUAAGCGCCGACCUGAGCAACAGCAGCAGUCACAAGGCUCAUCAGGAACUUCUUCGAGCGGGAUGUUGUCACUCUGCCCUCCUGUUACGCAUUCAAAUACCAGCACCAACGAUCCUGCAAAGGCGGCGGCUGCUGCUGCUGCAGCUGCUAACAACAUGAGAGGCGGUAACUUAUCCUCGCAGACUCUUAUGCAUGCUCAGUUUACUGCUGCACCAUCAUCUGGGCCACACCAACUUGUACCAGCAGUUGUACCUACAGGAUUCGCUUACGUUCCGACCGUGGCCCAGGUAAAACCGGCAGAACAGAAGAAACAACCCGCCGGUGAGUAGAAUAGUUAUCCCUUGGUGCUACAUUGCAACCCCCAUAAAACCGGCAGACGGAAAACUGGAAAAGGAAGCUGAAAGCACUUCUGGUGGUGGGGAUUGUGAGCAAAUGAAGGAAAAGCUUGAUUCUUGCCCAAGGAAAUGAGAAUUUGCAGGCACCCUCCGGGAAGAAAUGGAAGAUGCAAGGAUGUGAUCAAGCAAGCACAACGGGAAAAAGGUAGGAGGAAUGGAAUUUCAACCCACAAUUUUGGAGAGAAAGUUUAGCAAGUGGGGGUAAAAUUGUCAUAGGGAAAAGUAUAUGUACACUUAUGUGUGUAUAAUCUGACAGGGUUGAUGGUGAAGGUCUAAUUAAAUUUGAUUGGUUUGAUGAGAGGACAGGAUGGGGAAUGCAUGCAGGAAAAGGAAAAGUAGGGAAGGGAUCUUUUGUUGGGGCAGAAAGAGGGAAGAAUUGCAAAGGUGGAUGUAACAGUUGAUUUCUUUUUUAGUAAAACUUUUGACAUUCUAUAUUUUUUUAUAUUAUAUUGGGGAAGAAGAAAUGGAAAGAGGGUGUAAUUUUUUUUUUUAAAUUUAAAUUGUGUUUUUAUUUGUAUCACUAGGUUUAUUCCUUGUUGGAUUAGGAUUAUCUUAGCAUGUAAAAUGGUGGUAGCAGAAGAUACAAAGAUGACAAGGCAUGCAUUGUCUUUUAGCUUUGA